AUGUCUGCCAUCAAGCUGGCCUUGCAGCAGAACCAGAAAAGGGACAGGAGGAAAACCCCGGAAGCCAAGUCUGCUGACGUGUCUCCGGACUCCAAAUGUCCCAUCUGCUUGGACGCUUUUAACAACAUCUCCUACCUGGACAUCUGCCUACAUAAAUUCUGCUUCCGUUGCAUCCAUGAGUGGUCUAAGAACAAAGCCGAAUGCCCGUUAUGCAAGCAGCCUUUUAAUUCCAUCUAUCACAGCAUCAAAUCGGAGCAGGACUUUAAACAGUACGACCUGAAGCCGGUGAGUAAUGGCUCUUUCGGGAUGUUUGGCGGCGUGCGGUUUAGGUACCGCACCACUCUCACCGGGGUGCAGCGGCAGCGGUGGGGAAGAACCUCCCCUCCACCGGACAAUGGCGUCAUAUUUGAACCGACGGCCAAUCCCCCCCAGCAACGGCAGACCCGUUACAUCCGCCGCAUGAUGAUGAGGAUGGCGGCCAAGAGGAGAGCGGCGACCGAAGGUCGGCCGCUGCACACCGUCCGAGAGCUGGAAAUGGUUAACUUUCGCCGAGAGUUGUACCGACAGGGAUUGCGUGUCCGCAAUGUGCGUGACGGAGGACGUUCUCGGGACACUUCGGCUGAGUUCUACCGCAAAAAUCCCGCCUGCUUGCACAGACUCAUUCCUUGGCUCAAACGAGAGCUGGUGGUGCUAUACGGCGCGCACGGUUCCCUCGUCAACAUCGUCCAGCACAUCAUCAUGUCUCGCAUUACCAGCGUGGACAUGGAAGACCGAGCCAUCCAGGAAGAGCUCUGGCCAUUUCUGCAGGGCCGCACUGAGCAUUUUCUGCACGAAUUCCUCAGCUUCGCAAGGUCCCCGUUCAACAUGGAAGCCUACGACCAACACGCCACGUACGAGGGCUCGGUGCACUCCUCCAAUUCGGACAACAGCACUAACUCAUCCGUCAUAGCCAUUUCCGAGGACGAGGACGCAGACUUGGAGCCCCCUAGGACGCCCGGAUACGCCGCGUCCAAUCUGAGCCACUCGCUGUGGGACGACGAGACGCCGGGGCCGUCGUACUCCAUUACGUCGGAGCCGAGUCGAGCGGAAAGGGAGUCGGUCCGCGACUCCGACUCAGACAGCAGCGUCGCGGAGGAAGCGCGCGUAACCGAGGCUUCGACGCCACAUCCAGGAACCUCAACGCACAUUCAAAUCGACGAUUGUUCCUCGUCGGACAGCGACGACUGCGUCAUUGUAGGUUUUGUCAAACCUAGCGCCGAGAGAACACCCGAAUUAGUGCAGCUUUCCUCCGACGAGGACUGGAGCGACGACACUAAAGAAGCGCCGCCCUUGCCGCAGCACAUUCGCUUCGACGUCGACAGUCCAGUAGCCUCGCCGAGAAACGAGCCCGUCAACACCGAUCAGAGUCAUCUUCCCGAUACCAAAGAACGAUGCGGUGCGCUCAAGUCCAAAGUAUGCAAGGCGUCGAGUGAAUCGAAGAGAAAAGACAGAGACGGUCGUGAACGAUCCAGCCAGAAAUACUUCUCAAAUGACGGAAGCUACAAGAGAAAACGAGCGAGCGGUGAGCGGAGACGUCACAGUCCUAGUCCGGCAAACUAUCACAUCAGAAAGCGGGACUAUUAUUACUACAACUGCAGAGACUGUGAAUGUGACAGCACACACAAAAGGAAAGAGCAAGAAAUUUAUCGGAAGCAAUCCGAGCGACGCUCUCGCUCCAGAAGCGGCCGUCGGGAAUCGAGGCGGGGAGAGACGUGGAAUUCUAGGUCCAGAACUUGUUCCAGCUCGCCGUCGACUAGACGAUCUCACCACGAGAAGCCCGGCGGAAAGAGGAAGUACAAAACCCGUCAUCUGGAGAAUCCUUCGUCCCCAAAGGACUGCGACGACGCCACAAGAAAACCCGAAGACGGGAAAGAGGAGAGGAGUCCGAGCGUGCGGAGCACUCGCCACAAGAAGAAGAAGAAGAAGAAACACAAGAAGAAGAGCCGGCGGCACAGAAGCGAGGAAAAACGCUCACCGACGCCGAUUACAAUCGACAGCGACAGCGCUGAUGAAACCCGAACCGAAAACGCCAUUAAGGACAUGUCCCCCGUUAUUGACACCAUAGAAGAGUGCUGA